GGUUGCAUUUGCGCUUGACUCUGCUACCGCCGCUCCUUCGUCGUCUCCUCGACCGCCGCUCCUUCGUCGUCUCGUCUCCAUGGCCAAGCGCACGAAGAAGGUUGGCAUUGUCGGCAAGUAUGGUACCCGAUAUGGUGCCAGUCUGCGUAAGCAGAUUAAGAAAAUGGAGGUUACACAGCACAGCAAGUAUUUCUGCGAGUUCUGUGGCAAGUAUGCAGUGAAGAGGAAGUCUGUUGGUAUUUGGGGAUGCAAGGACUGCGGCAAAAUCAAGGCUGGUGGUGCCUACACCUUGAACACCGCAAGUGCCGUGACGGUUAGGAGCACCAUCCGAAGGCUGAGGGAGCAAACAGAGAGUUAGAGCGAUGGAUGGGAUCGUUUUGCUCCUCAUUUUAUGUCUUACCUGUGUGAACUAUAGGAAAACUUGCUGAGGCUGUUACUCUUUUAGUCUAUUUUCUGGGAACUAAAUUUGAUGGAAGUGUCUCUGUUCGCAUUAAGGCAGGAUUUUGUUCGUCUGUUAUUUUUCCUAAAUUUAGUAUGUUUUCUGGGUUACCCGAGCUUUCAUUCCCCUUUCCUUCGGCUAUUUUGGAUGAUGAGAGAAUAUGCAUUUGAUUUGUGA